CGGCAGAGGCUUCUCCUUGACCACCUCAUUUGGCUCUGGUUUGCAGUCGCCUCCCAAAGGAUUUAACAUCCGGUAAGAGCCCAUGGGAAUCCAUCUCUGAGCCGUCAGGCUCAGUGGGUUUGGUCCAUUCUCGUCAAAAUGUUGAAACGUGCAAAGGGCUCUGGGCGCAAAAUCUGUUUCUCCCUUGUUCACCAGUAUAUUCAACAUUUCAAUGAGAGAGCUGGCAACAAAUCAGCUGCAAUCCGGAGAAGAUCUAAAAUUCCCGGUGUGGUCAUCACACAAUAUACUGUGAGCAUACCAGAGGGGAAAAGCUACCCAGAUUUUAAGCGUAAACUAAACCCAGUACAUGUCCAAGAAGGGAACUCGGCUGUUUUCAAGGCUUUGGUGGUAGGAGAGCCCAAACCUGAAGUGACGUGGAAGAGAGGAAGAGGCAGCAUUUUAGACAAGGAGAAAUCUCAAACUAAAUAUGAUGAAUCAACAGGGGAGUACAUAUUGGAGAUUCAUGAUGUCAUGGGUGAAGAUGCAGACACAUACAAAUGCAUUGCCGUGAAUGAAUAUGGAAAAGCUCUUUGCUCAGCAGUUCUACAUGUAACAGAUAUGUUGACCGACCCAUCAGAUUUCAGAAAACUGCUGAGAAAAACGAACAUAAAUAUUUUAGAUGAAAAGCAGACAGAGAAAACCAAAGAAAGAGACGAGCGAUACAGCGACACUCUGCAGAGAGACUAUAAGGGACUCGAGACAAAAGACAUGCACUUGAUGCACAUGAAAAUGGAGGAGAAGAGGCAGCAAGAGCUCAAAUGUCAGAAUGGACUGGGUGGACCAAUGGACCAUUGGACCAAUGAAGACUCCGAAAAGAAAAACGGACUUGUAAGUGGCGGUGGAUGUCUAAAGAAUUCUGAAAACUUCACAAUUCCCCAACUGGACUUUGUUGUCAAACUUCAAGAAGCAGUAACAGAAGAAAAAGACACUGCGUUGUUUGAAUGUGUCCUGACCCACCCGCAGCCUAAAAUCACAUGGAUGAGCAAAGGCAAUGUGCUGGAAGAUGGUGAAAAAUAUCAGAUCAGUGUCUCGGACCAUCAAAUGAUCCACAGGUUGCUGAUCCAAGACUGCUCAGACCAAGACAAGGGGGUCUACUCGGCCGUGGUUGGAACUGCCUCAUGCGAGGCUGCAUUAGAUGUGGAAGCUGACCUUGAGGCAGCGGGCAAGAAGAAAACUGGAGGAGCAGGGAUGGACCUGGAGGAAGUGGUGAAACAGCAGCAAAUCAAAAACCAAAAAGAGACGGAGAGGAUUUUGGAAGCUGUCAAAGCAAAACAUGACGCAGAGGAACUGACACGGAGGAAGACAGAGGAACUGACACGGAGGAAGACAGACACCUUCGGAAAAGAUGGAGAAAUCUUUUCCCUGACUGGGUCCGUCAAAUACAGCGGGGAUGACGUCAAUCACAGCGAGAAUGACGUCCAAUUCAGCGGGAGUGAUGUGCAUGAUGCGAACGAUAGUAACGUUCUCAAGUCAACGCUAGUUGCACUCUCACCAUCUAAACAGCAGGUUAAGGUUAAUGAUGAACGUUUAUGGAAUGAAGACAGCGAGGCUGAAGAAGUGAUUGGCCUUGCCACACAACCAAGGCGUAAACGAAUUGGCCCACUGAUAGAAGACGCGGUCAUUGAUCCAGGGGUUCAGUUCAUUUGGGGAUUUGCAGACAUCAACGCCAUCAUCGGCGAGACUGCGGAGCUAACUUGUAAACUUAGCAAGGAAGACUGCGAGGGAGUUUGGUUCAGAGAUGGUGAAAAGAUCAUCACUGAUGACACAUUCAUAAUAUCUAAAGAUGGUGCAAUUCAUAAGUUGCUCAUAGUGAAAUGCCAGGAGGAGCACUCUGGGAAAUAUCGUUUCGAGGCGGACAAUCGUAAGACGGAGGCGGUGGUCAACGUUAAAGAUCCACCCAGGUUUGCCCCAGAAGACCUCAGUGCGUUCACGGAGCCCUUGAGAAUUAAAGUAGGGCAUAAUGCAGUCUUUAAACUAAAUUUUCUCGGCUUCGAGCCCAUUAAAAUCAAAUGGUACAGAGAGGGAGAGGAGCUCCAUGAUGACGCCAGCAGCACCAGAAUAGACAAAUCAACCAAUUGCAGCCGCCUGCUACUGAGCAGAUGCCAAAGGAGGGACUCAGGAGAGAUCAAGAUCAAGCUCAAAAAUGAGCAUGGCACCACCGAGGCAAUAACACAGCUCGUUGUGCUCGACAAACCCACGACCCCGCUAGGUCCUGCAGAGAUGACGCUUAGCUCAGCUACAUGCAUUGAAUUCAAGUGGAGGCCUCCAAAGGAUGACGGCGGAUCGCCUGUGAUAAAUUACAUCAUGGAGCGACAGCAGAUUGGGAGAAACACUUGGAAGAAAGUGGGAGAGAUUCCGGGCGUGCCUUUCUACCGCGACACAAACGUGGACCGUGGACGCAAGUACUGCUACAGAAUCCGAGCUAUGACCUCAGAGGGGGUGAGCGGAGUGUUGGAGACCGAAGACCUGCAAGCUGGCAUACUGGCUUUCCCUAGUGCCCCUGCACCUCCAAAGGUGGUCAGUGCCUUUGAUGACUGCAUCAACCUUUCUUGGACGGCACCAAGUGAUACAGGAGGCUCGCAAAUCAUCGGCUACAUUGUGGAAAAACGCAAAAAAGGAAGCAAUCUUUGGAAUGGGGUCAAUGCUUCAAUUGAGCCAAUAAAAGAGAAGAAAUGUGCAGUGAAGGAUGUUGUCGCUGGUUUGGAAUAUGAAUUCAGAGUUUCGGCUGUGAACCUUUCGGGACCUGGGGAAUUUAGCAUCCCGUGCGACUUUGUUUUUGCACGGGAUCCCAAAAAGCCCCCUGGAAAGGUUAUUGGCUUAAAAGUGACAGAAAGAUCUUACAACCACUUUGUCUUGACCUGGACCAAACCGAAAGACAAACCCGACAUAGAGGACGAAGCUAAAGGAUAUUUUGUCGAGAUAAGGAAUGCGCAGUGCCUGGAAUGGUCACGAAACUUCACCAUCACCACCACCUACACUGUAAAAGGCCUGAGGGCAAUGGAUAUGUACUGGGUCAGAGUCAUUGCGACCAAUGACGGAGGAGAGGGACAAAUUGAGGAUCUGCCCAACUAUGUCCUUGCGAUGCCGCCUCUUGUGAGACCAAAGUUCACAAAUAAAAAGAUGAAAACAUUCGUUGUGGUGAGGGCAGGAAACACAGUCAGGGUGACCAUCAACUUUGAGGCUUCGCCACCACCUGACAUCACGUGGCUCAAGGACAACGGGCCUGUGCCAAAGCGAGUCACAGUGAGUAACUCGGAUGGCGCUUCACAGAUCUUGAUCCCGUUGUCAGAACGCUCCGAUACGGGCAUCUACUCCAUUUUGGUGAAAAAUUUGGCAGGACAGGAGACCUUCAGUACAGAAGUUAGGGUGACAGAUGAUCCUAAGCCUCCAGGACCGGUGGAAAUAGAGGAAAAUGUGCCUGGUACAGUACAAGUGACUUGGCAACCUUCUCCUGAUGAGAAGCUUGAUGACCGGCUGCAUUACACCAUUUCCAAACUGGACUCCACCAAACACACUUGGACCACAGUGGCCGACAGACUUUUCAAUAACAAGUUCACUGUAUGCAAUAUCAUGCCCGGAAGGGAAUACCAUUUUCGGGUCUAUGCCAAGAACGACAUGGGUGUGUCGGCGCCUUCUGAGUCACUCACCUGGGCCGUGGGGAGAAAGAAAGAAAAGCUUUCGCUGAUCUUACCAAACAGAGAAGAACGAGACCUGCGAUGCGCUCCGGACUUCACCGUACCACUGAAGCUGCAUGCGGCACCAAAAGGUUACGAAUGCCAUAUGAGCUGCGCUGUGACAGGAAACCCCAAACCUCGAAUCACGUGGUACCUAAAUCAUGUCAACCUCAACACAAACACCAACUAUUACAUCUCGAAUACCUGUGGAGUUUGUUCCAUGAUGAUCCUAAACGUCGGUCCUAAAGAUGUGGGGAAGUACACUGUCACAGCGGAGAACGCCCUGGGCCGAUCUGAAUGUUCCACCAUGCUUAGUGUCCGAGAGUGAAGAAUCUGGUGACAACAACCGGGAUUGUUAGGGCUUUUUUUGCCUGGACAUUAUCUAUGAGUUGCAUGAUAUAAUUUGUUGGUUUGUUACAAAAACUGAAAUAAAUGGUUGUCUUUAACGAGA